UUCGAGAUACAGCUCACAGCCUCAUCAGUCAUCGUCCAAUCGAGAACAGAAAACCAAAUGGGUCGCCUGAAAAUCCAACUCGCCCUUGUUUUUUCGCUCUGGGCGUCGAUUUCCGGCAUCUGCUGGUGUCUCCCGAACGAGUUCUCGAUAGUGGGUUACGAGCCGGAAGAGCUGCUGGGCUCAGAAGAACGAGUGUCUGAGUUGUUCGGGCGAUGGAGAGAGAAGCACGGGAAGGUUUACAGACACGCGGAGGAGUUGGAGAGGAGAUUCGAGAACUUCAAAAGGAAUCUCAAGUAUGUUAUGGAGAAGAACUCGAAGAGACGAUCGUCGGGGCAUUUGGUGGGGUUGAAUGGUUUCGCAGAUAUGAGUAAUGAAGAGUUCAGGGAGAAGUAUUUGUCGAAGAUAAAGAAACCGGUGGAGAAGAGGAAGAAGAACAGUUCGUUAAGGAAGAUGUCCUCGUGCGACGCGCCUUCGUCGUUGGAUUGGAGGAAGAAGGGAGUUGUGACUGCGGUCAAAAAUCAAGGCGACUGUGGUAGCUGCUGGUCUUUCUCUUCAACUGGAGCAAUGGAAGGAAUAAAUGCCAUAGUCACAGGAGACCUUGUCAGCCUUUCGGAACAAGAGCUUGUAGACUGUGAUACGACCAAUUAUGGAUGUGAAGGGGGCUACAUGGAUUAUGCUUUUGAGUGGGUCAUUAACAAUGGAGGGAUUGAUACAGAAUCAGAUUAUCCUUACACAGGAGUUGAUGGAACCUGUAACACUACUAAGGAGGAAAGAAAAAUAGUAACUAUAGAUGGCUAUGAAGAUGUAGCUGAAGAAGAAAGUGCUCUUCUCUGUGCUGUUGUUAACCAGCCUGUUAGUGUGGGGAUUGAUGGUUCUGCACUGGACUUUCAAUUGUAUACAGGGGGAAUUUAUGAUGGAGACUGUUCAAGCAAUCCAGAUGACAUAGAUCAUGCAGUUCUGAUUGUGGGUUAUGCUUCCCAAGGUGAUGAAGAGUAUUGGAUAGUGAAGAAUUCGUGGGGGACAAGCUGGGGAAUAGAGGGGUACAUAUAUAUAAGGAGAAAUACUGAUUUAAAAUAUGGGGUUUGUGCAAUCAAUGCUAUGGCUUCUUACCCAACAAAAGAAUCUACUUCUCCUUCUCCUUUUCCUUCUCCAUCUACUCCACCACCAUCACCUCCACCACCACCUCCACCUCCACCUCCAUCCCCUGGUCCUUCGCCAAGUCAAUGUGGAGACUACUCCUACUGUCCAGCUACAGAGACCUGCUGCUGCAUUUUUGAAUUCUACGAUUACUGUUUCAUCUACGGCUGCUGUGAGUAUGAAAAUGCUGUAUGCUGCACUGGAACUAGCUAUUGCUGCCCUCAAGAUUAUCCUAUUUGCGACGUUGAUGAUGGGUUCUGUCUAAAGAAUUAUGGAGAUUACUUGGGUGUAGCUGCAAAGAAACGUAAGGUUGCCAAGCACAAGUUUCCAUGGACUAAAUUUGAGGAUACAGCAAACCCAUACCGACCUCUCCAGUGGAAGAGGAACCACUUCGCUGCGUUGCGCUGAGGAUGGCUAUAGUGUUCUGUAGUUCCAGGUUCUAAGGUUGUUGCCACUGUCAUUCUUUCUCUGCUUUGGAUGGCAUUCUGCCGUCCUGUUUUUGAAAAUUUGUGUUAAUUAUCUUCGAACUUACGCAUGAACUACUAUAUCAUAAAGGGUAUCAGAUAAAAAGGGAAAAAAAGAAAAAAAUAUUUGUUUCUUUCCAUCUUGCAUAUUAAUCGAUGAUUGCAGAUUAACA